AUGAGGUGGCAUCUGGCUGUAGCACUUGCUGCCACUUUGGUUAGAACCUUGGCCUGUAACCCAUUGAUCAGUUCUGAUUGUCCUCCCGACCCAGCGUUAUCUGCUUCUUUCAAAGAAACCUUUAACCUGGAAUCAAAAUACUUCACUGCCGUUAAGGAAAAUGGUUUAUCAUACACAGACAUUGGUUUGGAGUUCCAAAUCGCCAAGCAGGGUAUGAAUCCUUCCAUUAAAUCAGACUUCUAUAUUAUGUUUGGUAAAGUUGAAGUUGUAUUACAAGCUGCUGAAGGUCAAGGUAUCAUCUCCUCCUUCUAUUUGCAAAGUGAUGAUUUAGAUGAGAUCGACAUCGAACUAUUUGGUGGUGAUCCAUACGAAUACCAAUCCAACUUCUUCCUGAAGGGUAACACCGCAACUUAUGAUAGAGGUAGAUACCACCACACUUCCAGUAGUCCAUUACUGAAUUUCCACACCUACACCAUUGAAUGGACUGAAGACCAAAUCACCUGGACAUGUGAUGGUAAAUUGGAUAGAACUUUAUUAAGCACAAACCCUCAAGGAUUCCCUCAAACUCCAAUGUACAUCAUGGCCGGUGCCUGGGCUGGUGGUGAUCCAAAUAAUCAAAUUGGUACCAUUGAGUGGGCAGGUGGUCUCACCGACUACAAUAAAGGACCAUUCCAGAUGUAUAUCAAGUCCAUCAUUGUAUCUGAUUAUUCAUCAGGUAAGUCAUAUUCCUACACUGAUAAAUCUGGUACCUGGCAAUCAAUCAAAUCUGAUGGAGGUAAAAUCAAUGGCAGAAUUCAAGAAGCUCAAAAGGAAUUCGCUACUUUACAAUCGGUCGCCGCUAACACUUUUUCUUCAGCGGUAUCAACAACAGGAGGACCCACAUCUGGAGCACAGAGAACUAGUAGUGUUUCCACAUUUGCCACAGGAUUAACUACGUUGUCGAGUAGCACUGCUAGGCCAGCUGCAUCAUCUGUAUCAUCAAUUUCUGCGGUCAACGGAGCUAUGCAAUAUUCGGCAUCAUUCGUUACCAGUAUUGUAGCUGUGUUUGCAUUUUUGAUGGUAUAA